CACUUCCCUAUUUUGACUGUAAGUUAAGACAUUUCUACACAGAAGUUACUUUCACUUCACAAACCUGUUGAUGUGAGCGGAUCAGGAUGUUUGUUUGAUUAACACGAUAUAGUCAGUUUGGAUAACUGUUAUCAACAUCAUGCAUUUGGAUCUAAACUUUUCCAACAUGUCCAUAAAUUCUAUGGCUGGGAAGGCGGAGCAGGGCCCCACUGAGUACCGCAUUGCCGGCGUGGUCUUUUACAGCUUUGUCUUCGUCAUAGGAGUCAUUGUUAACCUCACCGCCUUGUGGGUGUUUGCCUUGACCACCAAGAAGAGAAACUCAGUCACCAUCUACAUGAUAAAUGUUGCCCUCGUGGAUCUCACCUACAUUCUGCUCCUGCCCUUCAGGAUGGUUUACCUCCAUCAAGACUAUUGGCCCUUUGGAGACAUGUUCUGCAGGAUAACAGCAGCUCUAACCAUCUUUUACCCGUGCAUGGCUCUGUGGUUGUUGGCUCUGAUCAGUACUGACCGCUACAUGGCCAUUGUUCAGCCCAAGCAUGGCAAGGAGCUGAGAAAUGUCCCAAAAGCUGUAGUGGGCAGUUUGGGGGUGUGGGUCAUGACUUUAGGCAGCAGCGUACCACUGCUAUUCUCUCAGGAAGAUCCUGAUCAGAUCUCCAACUACACUACUUGCAUCAAGAUGCAAGACAUCAUUUACAUGCGCCGUGAGAACGCUGUCAACUUCGUCAGACUCAUUUUCUUCUUUCUGGUCCCCAUAUGUAUCAUGAUUGGCUGCUAUAUAGUCAUUGUGGACAAUCUAAUUCACGGACGCACCUCUAAACUUAAACCAAAAGUGAAGGAAAAGUCCAUACGGAUCAUCAUCACGCUCAUCGUGCAGGUGCUGGUGUGCUUCGUGCCUUUCCAUAUCUGUUUGGUGCUUCGCCUGCUGGGGAACGGCCAUGACGGCGGGUUCAACACAUGGGCCGUCUUCACCACUUUCCUGAUGAAUCUAAGCACAGUCUUGGACAUCAUCUUGUAUUACAUUGUCUCAAAGCAGUUUCAGGACAGGGUGAUCAGUGUGGUUUUGUACAGGAACUACCUGCGUAGCGUCAGGCGAAAAAGCCGGCACACACACACAGGAAGUGUCAGGUCGCUGAGCAACCUAACCAGCGCAAUGAUAUGAAACUUCAUGGCACAGAUACUGUUCCAAGAAUAUGCACGCUGAAUGCAUCACUGUGUACUGUUCAUGUAUAAUUACCUGAAGGAUCAAGAAACUGCAAUUAAUUUUCCAAGUGCAAUUUACACUCACAGUAUGGGAGUGCUGCUGUUGUGGCGAAAACAUCUGUGUUCAGAGCUGAUUGACUCACCCAUGAGACUUGAGUUGUUUUGCCGUUCCUUUUAUUUUUCUUCUCUGAUAUAGAAAGCUUCUGCGGCUCAGGUGUGAUGCGUGCAGGUUCAAAUAUAAGUGUUUUAAAACAGAACAUGAAGUAAUUCAGCACAAGCAUCGAAACCUUAACAAAGAAGAAUAAAGGGGUCUUAGAUGCUCCAUAGGAAGAAAGUGUGGGUUGUUAAAGGUUGAUGUUUGGUUGCUGCACCACAUUUAAAAGGUCAUUUCUCUUCAGCAACUUAGCUCUGUGAGGGCGGAGUGAGCAAAUCUAGCCAUGAGUGAUGCAUGAUGUCAUCCUUCUGCUUUUCAAAUACACCACAUGUGUUUGACUUCUGCCAUUUCAUGUUUGUUGAGUUUAGGACCGACCACUUCAGACAGGAUGCAAUUUCUGCUAAAACUGACAGUAAAGGUUGUUUCAAAGGUUGCUUUAAAUGAAUCGACCAGGUGAUGGCAGCAUGGCACAGCUUAGACUCUGUAGGCUUGUCAAAGCUCCACACAUACAGAGCUUUUAAAAACUUUACCAAAGUUGAGAUCCAAAUAAUCUUAUCUCUGGUACUUUGAUUAAAAUAUUUCUUAUACUCAUAUUCAUAAAAGUAAAAGUGAACCUUAUUUUUACAGUUAACCACAGUCAUAACAGCUUCCUCAACCAGGAAUCUGACUAAAGCGUGUUUAUGGUGCAAUGUGAAAAGUAUUGAUUAGGUGUUAAAUGAUUUAGUUGCUUGGAGUGCAUUUACAGUAACAUGCUCGAGAGAUGUCAGAGAGGCUAUUUACAAGAUUUACUGCAACCUUAACCUUUAAACAGAAAACCUUUUUCAGCUCAGGGACGUUUCAGGUUUCUGUACCAGGUAAAACACCCAUUUUAUUCUAUAUGUCUUUCUAAACAAAAAGUAAUUAAGUCAAAUCCAAACCCUGGAGCAUUAGAGGAGGCUUAAAGAAGUACAAAGGGAACAUUUAUAAAUACUAAGAUAUAUUGAAAUCUACAUCAGAAAUUUAAAGAGUUAAUCUACGUUGAUCUUCCCAAAAUAUGUUAAAAAGAAAUAUCUAGUUGAACAUAUUUUGGAGUAAACUGUUGGAAUAAAAAGAGACUAAUACUCAUUUUCUAAAUUUACAAAUUCUUAGUUAUAACAAAAGCCCACGUAAUCCUACUAAAUGACUGAUGCCUUAUUUACUUACGGUAUUAUAAGGAACUCUUAGUGAAUAUGGUAUUCAAAACUUGUAAGUAUUCUAUUGUUUUAGAAAAUGAGAUGGAAAUUCAAAUCAGUUCCCUUUCGAUUACUGGUCUGAAAACAUAUUAUUUCUUGCUUUGACCGUUUCUCACUUUCUGCCAAUAAAUUACCUUAUAAUAAAUUGAUUU